UGCUGCUCGCGGCCGCCGAAGAGGAGCCCGGGGCCAGUCUGUUCGCAGGUCUGGCGGGGGACCCGGCAACGGUCGUGGUGGUGGCAGCGGUGGUGGUGGGAGAUGCCCGGGAGGCCCACGGAGGUCCAUGUGGCGCCCUAGGUGGGAUGCUGGCAUCCUGAAGGCCGAAGCCCUGGCCCUGCUCCCCUGUGGCCUGGGCAUGGCGUUCUCUCAGUCACACGUGAUGGCCUCUCGACGGCACCAACAUGGCCGACUCACCAUCGAGGUGGACGAGUACAGCUCCAAUCCCACGCAGGCCUUCACCUUCUACAAUAUCAACCAGGGCCGCUUCCAGCCACCACACGUGCAGAUGGUGGACCCAGUGCCUCACGAUGCCCCAAAGCCACCUGGCUACACACGCUUUGUCUGUGUUUCUGAUACUCACUCAAGGACAGAUCCCAUCCAGAUGCCCUAUGGCGAUGUACUGAUCCACGCUGGGGACUUCACGGAGCUGGGGCUCCCAAGCGAGGUGAAGAAGUUCAAUGAAUGGCUGGGCAGCCUGCCAUACGAGUACAAGAUCGUGAUUGCGGGCAACCACGAGCUGACCUUCGACCAGGAGUUCAUGGCUGACCUCAUCAAGCAGGACUUUUAUUACUUCCCGUCCGUGUCCAAGCUGAAGCCGGAGAACUACGAGAACGUGCAGUCUCUGCUGACCAACUGCAUCUACCUGCAGGACUCAGAGGUCACGGUGCGUGGCUUCAGGAUCUACGGCUCCCCGUGGCAGCCCUGGUUCUAUGGCUGGGGAUUCAACCUUCCACGAGGCCAAGCACUCCUGGAGAAAUGGAAUCUCAUCCCGGAAGGAGUUGACAUCCUUAUAACUCAUGGACCGCCGCUGGGCUUUCUAGACUGGGUCCCCAAGAAGAUGCAGCGUGUGGGCUGCGUGGAGCUGCUCAACACGGUCCAGAGGCGAGUCCAGCCACGGCUGCACGUCUUUGGCCACAUCCAUGAAGGGUAUGGCGUCAUGGCAGACGGGACCACCACCUAUGUGAAUGCGUCCGUGUGCACUGUGAACUAUCAGCCUGUGAAUCCCCCCAUAGUCAUCGACUUGCCCACACCCCGGAACUCCUGACUGCUGCCCACCCCAGUUCUGCCUGCCCAUGUCAGCUAUGUGUGUCUGGCUGAGAGCCUGGAUCCCCUAACCCACUUCCUCCCAUGCAGAACAGCCCGGACAGGACAGUCCAUUUGGCCAUGGGACCAGCCAGCAAUGUCUAGAAUCCUUGGGAUAAAAGAAAU